GCCCCACACCCCCCCCCCCGCUCCUGCCUCCCCCACCUCGCGAUCCCAAUUCGAUCCGCUCGCCUGCCCUCCCGAUCCACCCCGCCCUCCCCGGCCGCCCAAUUCGGCCGCCGCCGCUCGGAUUCGCGCGGGCCCGCCCGCGGAUUCGCGCUCCCCGGCGCCCCAAACCCUAGAUCCGCCGCUGCUCAUCCCGCCGCCGCGGCCGCCGCCAUGUUCUGGCGCAUGACCGGCCUGUCCGCGGCCUCGCCCGUGGAUACAAUUCUGGACAAAGAAAAUUUUACAUUGGAAGAACUUCUUGAUGAGGAUGAAAUUAUUCAGGAGUGCAAAGCACUGAAUUCACGACUCAUAAACUUCUUACGUGACAAGGCCCAGGUGGAACAGUUGCUUCGCUACGUUGUGGAAGAAGUUCCAGAGGACAGUGAAAAAAAGCGCUCGUUCAAGUUCCCUUUUAUUGCUUGUGAAAUAUUUACUUGUGAAAUUGAUGUCAUUUUGAGGACCCUAGUCGAGGAUGAAGAGCUAAUGGACUUGCUUUUCUCAUUUGUGAAACCUGAUCAUCCACAUAGCACAUUAUUAUCUGGUUAUUUCAGUAAGGUGGUAAUAUGUUUGAUGCUGCGGAAGACUGCCCAACUUAUGAAUUAUGUUCAGGGGCAUCCAGAGAUAGUUGUCCAGCUUGUUGACCUAAUUGGCAUCACAUCGAUAAUGGAGGUGCUGAUACGACUGAUUGGUGCUGAUGAGAACAUAUAUUCAAACUAUGGUGAUACAAUGCAGUGGUUAGAAAAUACAGAUGUCCUUGAAAUGAUUGCUGAUAAGUUUAGCUCAUCAGAUUCUCCUGAAGUGCAUGCCAACGCUGCGGAAAUUCUAUGUGCAGUGACGCGAUGUGCACCGCCAUCUCUUGCUACAAAGAUAUGCAGUCCAAGUUUUGUUGGAAGGUUGUUCCAUCAUGCUCUUGAAGAAUCAAGGCCCAAGUCUGUUCUGGUUCAUUCAUUGUCUGUGUGCAUAUCUUUGCUGGAUCCAAAAAGACUAGCAUCAGCUUCCUAUCAAGCAUUCAGAAGCAACUUAAGUCAUGGGGCAUUGGUCACUGCCAGUCCAGAGACAGUUGAUGGUAUGCUUGAGAGUCUAGGCAACUUGCUGAAGUUAUUGGACACUUCUUCUGCUGAAAACGAAUUGCAAACAACAUAUGGAUAUUUACGCCCACCUCUUGGAAAACAUCGUCUGAAGAUUGUAGAGUUCAUCUCUGUGCUGCUUACAAUUGGUAGUGAAACUGCUGAAAAGGAGUUAAUAAGGCAAUCAGCAAUAAAGCGUUCAAUUGAUUUGUUCUUUGAGUACCCUUAUAAUAACUUUUUGCACCAUCAUGUUGAAAAUAUAAUUGUUUCUUGCCUGGAGGGUAAAAGAACUGAACUUGUUGAGCAUGUUCUUAAUGAGUGUGACAUUGUUGGUAAAAUUCUUGUUGCGGAAAGACUUUCUUCUUUGUCGACUGAGUCUAACGGGCCUACCGUACCCUCAGAAGAGAAAGCCCCUCCAAGAAUUGGGAAUGUUGGUCACAUGACAAGAAUAGCCAAUAAGCUUAUUCAGUUGGGAAAUAGUAACAGCACAAUACAGGCACACUUGCAGGAAAAUACCGAGUGGGUUGAAUGGCAAACAAAUGUGCUGGUCAAACGCAAUGAAGUGGAGAAUGUUUAUCAUUGGGCUUGUGGGCGCCCAACAUCAUUACAUGAUCGUGGUAGGGAUAGUGAUGAUGAUGACUUCCGAGACAGGGAUUAUGAUGUGGCUGCUCUUGCUAAUAACUUGAGUCAGGCAUUUCGUUAUGGAAUAUACAGCAACGAUGACAUUGAAGAGGCACAAGGAUCACUUGAACGAGAUGAUGAGGAUGUGUAUUUUGAUGACGAAUCAGCUGAGGUGGUAAUAUCUUCUCUGCGUCUGGGAGAUGACCAGGAAGGCAGCUCCCUCUUUACAAAUUCAAACUGGUUCACAUUUGAUGGAGAGAGAGGCAUCAAUGACCGUUUAUCCGGUUCUGUUCCUUCAUCAUCACCCAAUUCUGAGGAGACUUCCCUAAAGACCGAGGAAGCUGAUGAUGGUAAAGUCAUUGGCACUGAGGAUGAAAUGGAAACCGUGUGCCUUGGAAAUGGCAGUACAGAGGAGGCAAAGGAUGUAGCAGAAUGUACUGAACAGCCAAAUUGUAGUACGGCAGAUGAGCCAUUGCAAAAUACAGAAGGUAUUGAACGGCAUUCAGAUGUUUUGAAUGGCGAUACUGAAGUAGGUACAGAUGAGGUUGCCUCUGCAGUGGCGGAAUCUUCAGCCACAUCAAUUGAUAUAGUGGCAGAGACAACGGUAGAUGAACCAUUAGUGGCAGAGAGAACAGUAGGUGAACCAGCAGGCUCGUCUGAUGCAGACAAUUCUGUCUAUGAAACUUCACCUGGUGUUAAUGGAAAUGAGCCAGCUGACUCUGAAGUAUCUUCUGAACAAGUCAGCCAUGACACUGAUGUACAGCAACCAGUAAAGGAAGUUGCCGGCGAAGAUGUUGAUGAAACAAAAACUGAUGCAGUCAAAGCAAGCGACUGAAAUAGCAAUAUGUUGGAUUGAGCUGAUCAGAGCAAUUACUUGUGAACUGAGCCUCUGUUGACUCGGCAGUCUGCAUUGAUGUUGCUUCAUGUGUGCUCAGCUGCCAUGGAGUAGUCUGAAGCAAACUGCUGUACAAUAAGCAAGUGUAUUGUUCUGCCAUCCAUCGUGGCAUAUCACUGUACAAAUGAAACCAUUGACUAACGCACGCAUCGCGUUGUCUGAAACUGGUCAUUUUCUUUGAGUUUUACCUCCAGUUCAUGUGCUCUGUCUGGUGGCAGUCUUCGUGAAAUGGUAUAUGAUACCUGAAAGAACAUUCUUUGGGUGGCAACUGGUUUUGGCUACGUAGUCUUGUUUCUUUAGGUUAACUUUGGAACUGUAAUAUGAUAUGUGAUAUUAUUUCUAGUCUAGCUAUUGUUGUAAGUUUAUUCAGACUCCACGUGUCAGUUCACCUUGAACAUGCUAUUUUUUUAUAAAGAUUCCCGGCUCCUUGUAUUCUAUUAUAAA